AUGACCUCAUUAAACGCAUCACUACAAGCGCAACUAGCAAUACAAGUGAAGAGAACACUACGACAAUGUUCUAUUGAUUUACAACUUCUUCAAGAUAAGUGGAACUCGGUAAACAUUGCAUCCACGCCAUUCGUGAAUACUGCGGCAUCUUAUCUGAUUGAACUCGAGUAUGCAUCAUCAACAUCAAACUGGCUGCCGUCAGCACUCGCAAUUCCAAACAUCCAACACGCUCAUCGUGUCAAGAUCAUUGAUUCCUUGAAGAGGGAUGCGAUUGAGAAGCUGGAUGAGUAUAUGAGUCAAUUUGUCAAGAUCGUAACCAACAUGAACAAACUAUCAUCAGCCGUGUCAGAAUCAAUCAGUAACGAACGUCUGGAUGUGUCGUAUCGUGUGUUGAGUGUCUUGUCGUUUGACCGGUUUUACUCAAUGUUCACACAAAUUACAAACAUGUACAAUUCCGAACUGAAACUCAAGCAGGCUCUCCUACGUGAUAUCACAGCUGCUGCCACAUCACAACCUCAAUCACGAGAUAAAUCAAACAAGAAGGACGAUGAUGGAUCUAUGGCGAUGAAUAUGAUUACAAUUAGAUCGUCAGCGUGGUUGUAUCAGCCGUAUUUGGAUGAGGGCGUUGUGGGAGAUGUUACGGAGGUCGCUGAGAGUUUAGAAGCGUGGACGAUAGCCGUCAAGAAGGAAAAGGCCAUUUAUUAUGCCAUGACUAUGUUCAAAUAUGACGUGAAUCGAAAGGCAUUGAUCGCUGAAGGUUGGGCUCCAUCAGCCAACUUGACUUCUAUUCAGUAUGUGUUGCGUACUGCUAUGGCUCCACAAUCCCACCUUCAUUCAACGAGCUACGCACCACAAAGACACCGUCGAAAUAAUAUACUAAAUAAUAUGCUUAGGCACCCAGAAACAGAGAUGGCUACUAUCAUCGGUAUCAACAUUCUCGUCGAAGCUGCCGCAGCUCAAGGUGUAAGGAAUGUACCAAAGAGAUCAAAACUGCAUCGUGCAAUAAGUCAAAAACCAAGCCAGUAA